AUGACAUCGUCCCUUGAAACGAAAAUCCUGCCGGUGAAGCCAAAGUCCAUCUGCUUCGACGCCGCAGGGACAACCCUGACUAUCACCGAUCCAGAGACAAAGCAAAAUUUAGACCUGAGCUCCGAAUCCGUCAAGUCCAUAUACGCCGCCAAGAACAGGCCGGCAGACAAUCCUCUAAUCUCGCACGUCUCGUCGAUUGACCAGCUCAAACGGAAACUCAUGGUCCCAGGACAGGAGAUUCCCGAGAUAUAUGCUCCUUUAAUUCAGAAAUUCUGGCCCGGCCCGCUCACUAUCCUGCUGCCAAUGCCUGAAAACGUCCAUGACUCGCCAAUAUCACAGCUCGUUACGUCUGGACAGCCCACGUUCGCCGUCAGAAUGCCCCAAAACCCGGUUGCGCGUGCCCUAAUUCAUAUCUCUGAUCUCCCGCUUGCUGCUCCGUCGGCAAAUGCGUCGACAAGGCCUUCUCCAACGACAGCCGCGCACGUUUACCAUGAUCUCAAGGGACGCAUUCCGCUUAUUCUGGACGGCGGGCCGUGCGAUGUUGGGCUUGAAAGUACGGUUGUCGACGGCCUGUGCGACCCGCCAAUGCUCCUCAGACCCGGCGGAAUCUCGCUGGAGCAAAUAAAACAGGCAGGCGGGCCCCGGUGGCAGAAUAUUGUGGUUGCAAAAAAAACGGCAGGAAAAUUAGAGCCUGUGCGGACACCGGGCAUGAAAUACCGUCACUACUCGCCGACCGCAAAGGUGGUGUUGUUCAAUAAUUGCGCGGACGGAAGGAAGAAAGUUAAAGCAUACCUGGAAAAGAAUAAUUUGCAAAAUAAAAAGAUCGCUCUGCUCAAGACCCGUCGCUUUGCCCCAGCAAAUGAUAUCAGCCCUCUAAUUUCCUACGACGGAACCCUUGGAAAUUCGGGCGACGAGAUCCAGCGCAAUUUGUUUUCUGCUUUGAGAGCCCUGGACGCCGAAGAAUACGACUACAUACUGAUUGAAGGCGUGGAAGAGACUGGCGAGGGCCUUGCGAUCAUGAAUAGAUUAAGUAAAGCAGCCAGCGAGACCAUUAAUGGAUAA